CCUGUCCCGCAACAGCUGGUGGCAGAAAGAGCAGAGUGUGAGGCGGACGAAGACGGGGCAGUCGUCAAGAAGAGGGGCCGGCGGUGGGGGACCCAUUCCAGCUCCCCCACCCGACCCGCCGGCCCCGAAGCCACUCUUUGACCACGUCAUAAUGCAUUUCGUCGACUCGAGCCUGUACAGGGAGAAGAAACGAAGUUUUGUACCCCCGCUGUGGUCGUCAGAGAACGAGGCACACAAGGGUGAAGGCGGUGGCAGCGCCAAAAGCACUACAACAAAUGACAUGGAGGAGUCUGAAGUUGUGGUGGCCAUGGAUGGGUUGGUGAGGUCAUCGGUGAAUGAGGGUUUCGAGAAAGUACUUCGGUUGCUGGUUGCGAAUGAUAGUGGAAUCCGUAUGUCUGAACAUGGAUAUAUCUUCGUUGCAGGCGAUGUCUUGUUGGACGAGACAACGUUCUAUAACCUCGUCAAUUAUGUACAGAUCAAAAGCAUGUCAAAAACGACGGCGCGAACUGUCAACACAAACGAGAAAAAUGUCAAAAGGCAGCUGUUGUUCAACGGUGGUGACGGUGGUACUGGCGGACGAGCAGCUUUCAGAUCGUCAAUGGCCAUGGCACAAACGUGGGACGAUGGGAAGAACUGUACUCACCACCGUCGUCAUCACGAAUCUCCUCGUUAUCGGCCGGGCGCAAAUGUCAAACAUGGCAACGACUGUGAGUUCGUCGAAGGAAUCGUAGUGACACCUGACAAACUGGACGAGUUCAGGAGACAACGCACGGCUGUCAACUGCGGUAGCAGCUCCGAUGGACAGACGAGAAGAUGCAAGACAAAGCAGGCCGAAGGCAGGUUCGCAGAUUCAGACACAGGAGGAGCCACGAGUUCUCACUUCUACCUUGCGGACGCUUCUUAUGUCCAGUGUUUCUUCAACUCAAAGGUGAAUGGUCAACGAGACAUAGGACACACCUGCCAAUGGAAAGAAUCUCUGGGAAAUCGUCAGAUGGAAAACCUGAAGUUGACGGAUGUGAUAUCCCGCCAGGGUCCUCGACCUGCUUUCCAAGAACUCUAUUUGUACUUCAAACAACAACAUCUGCGGGAACUAAUGUCAAGGAGUGCCUAUCUACGCUCCGAAGUGUUUGCCACGAGUAAAAUGGUUUCAUUCUUAACUCAUGGCAAGUCUCUUAGAUACGACUAUCAGAAACAGUUUGACACCUGGAACCGAUAUUGGAGCAGAAAUCAGACAGCAGCUGUAUCUGAAAGCUUUCUGGAUGACGAUACCCAUUGGAAGUACACAAACGACCGCUACAUCUACACAACCUAUAACAUACAUAAAUCACCAGUGCAGAAAUUGUUUUUCAAAGGCACUUUGAGACUUCUAGAGGAUUCUUUGAAUAAUUUGUUUCACGAACUGAAUUUCAUGUCUCCUUUUCUGGAGAGCGUCAAGUUCCAUCACUCUUACCAACACUUCUCACCGCUGUUCGGAGUGUGGCAUUUUGUGAAUGUUAUCGCCUCCAGCAGUAACAUGACGGUAAGUAAAAACACCACCACCAACAACAACAACAACAACAACAACAACAGCAGUGACAGGGGUAGGAACAUUAUGGCAGCAGUGACGGACAGGAAACUAGCCAAUUUGAUGUUUUUGACAGCUGAAAAAUUCCGUCAACUUCAAGUGACCGAGUUCUCGAACUGGAGCGAUCAGACAUUUUUUUCAUCGUCCUCAUCAUAUUCAUCAUCAUUGACCAGUGAACACAUCAGCAUUAUAGUACCGGUGGCUGGACGAGAUGACGCUUUUAACCGUUUCCAUGCAAUGUUACGCCCAGUUCUUGCCAACGACACAAACAUCAGUUUCAUAUUCAUCAUAUUUAUUCAGGCAGGAAACAACGACAAAAUAACGUUCAUCAACCAACUACAAUUGGAGUAUCCGCAUGUUUCUAUCCGCUCGGUGUUUAGAAGAACGACGUUUUCCCGAGCCGAAGCCCUGCAGAUCGGAGUCAGUCUUGUCGAGCAUGACGACGUCAUCUUGUCGUUCAUGGACAUCGAUAUGGUGUUCACGAGUUCGUUUCUCGCCCGUGUCAGACAAUUCACGGUCAGGCACCAGCGAGCGUAUUUCCCAAUCUACUUCAGUCAAUACGCGUCAGCCGACAAAUGCGAUCCGAGGUACCCUGCCCUGUGCGCCCCAUUUCGCUUCCGACCCGACGACGGCUUCUGGCGCUUCUACGGUUACGGUAUGGCGUCCAUUUACAAAAGUGACUUCCUGUCGGUGGGGGGUUAUGAUCUAAAGAUCAAGGGCUGGGGGUUGGAAGAUUUGAAAUUGUAUGAAACUUGCAUCAAUAAAAACAUGGAGGUGUUUCGAGCACCGGACCCAGGACUUGUACAUAUCUACCACAGCAAGAGCUGUUCCCCUUCGUUAGCAGCCAAUCAGUACAGCAUGUGCCAGGAAACCAAAUUCAGUAUUUACCUGCAUGAACACACUUCAGCUGAACUGGUCUACGGAGAGCAGGAGUUGAUAGAUCGAACCCCACCGUGGAAAUAAAUCAUGCACAAAGAAAUGCACUCACACGUGCACAGAUUGAAUUGUGGCCAUGCUGGGGCAUCGCUUUGAAGGGAUUUAGCAAAAAGAAAAAAUCAAUUCCCAGUUCUUCGUUUCCUUUCUUUUUGUUUUAUUCUAUCAGUUCCCUUUUGCUGAACAGCAAGGUCGUGCAGACAAGAGUGUUCUACUAUAUCCUGAGGCCAACCAAAGCCUUGUGAGUGGAUUUGGUCGGCUGAAACUGAAAGAAACCUGUCAUAUAUAU